CCAAUUUUCACAUCGUCACUCAUAUCCCAUUGUUACGAAAGGUCCUAAUCUUGAAUUACGCCAAAAGACAACCUACAAAAGUCGUAAACACGUUCUUAAACGAACUCACUAAUAACUGACUUAAAUAAAAGGAAUCAAAUUUUACACCACCAAGUAUGGCUAAAAUACCACAAAGAAAAUUUAUUACAAAAAUAUUACAAAAUCCCUUCCUGCCAUAUCCAAAGCUUGAUGAAAAUUUCACUGGAAGAGAUACCCUAAUCGCUGGUGUGAUAACAGCUCUCUCCUUAGAAACUAAGGAACCUACGCAUCAUCCCAUCAGAUUCCCGUUCGUUUGCCUGCACGGGCUUGAAGGCCAUGGAAAAACGAAAGCUGCACAAAAAAUCGCAAGCGUUUGCAUCGAGGACAAAAUAUUUACCGAUAUUGUUUGGGUUUCCGCCGACAACCCGGCCGGAGUUGAGGAUAAAAUACGAAACGAAUUGGAUAGGCUGAGAUGCAAAGGUUUCGAGGAAGUCGAAGGAAUAUUGCUCGCCAACAAAUUCUACGACUUGUUAAAGUUAAUGAAUCUGCGGAAGUUUCUUCUUAUUUUCGACAAUAUUGUUGGAUAUAACGAGCUAGAAAAAUAUUUCCCGUUGAACAGAGAUGUGAAAAAUAUCGCUGUUUUAGCUACGUCGAUUGAGAAGAUUAUCGUUCCGGCUGCAGUAGGGAUAAUCGAUAACUUCAAAGUGAAUAUUUUUGAGGAAAGCGAGGCUUUUAAGGUGGCUUCAAAAAUAUUGCAAGGCGAUGAUGAGAAACACGAAAUUUCUCUCCUUAUCACGGAAUCUGGACGAAUACCGUUACUUCUCUGUAUGAUGUCAGCAACCAUUUCCAGCUUCAGGAUAUUCCAGAAAAUGUUGAACCUCGAAAGCUAUCCAUACACAAUUCAUCAGUAUCUUCAAGAAAUGAAGGGUAAGUCAGAAAAUCCCGUGGACAAUUUAAACUUAUACCCAUUCAAUACAAAAUUAAAUACCUGUGUCAAAAUUGCUCGAGACAAAUUACGCGAAUCCUGCUCCUUGUAUACCCCAAUCACUUUACAUUUGCUGGAAAGGUGCGUCUAUUUUGGAACCGAUUUCCCCUUCAAUUACCUCCGUAAGCAUGUCACCACUAUCAAGACGGAUAUACAAGACAUUCUAGAUCAACCCUUUGACCCUUAUACAUAUCCUAUUGAGCUAUUCAAAAAUGCGAUUCGCUUGCUCGCAAGAUUUUUACUGCUCGACAUCAAACCUACUACUUCGCCGAAUAGAUAUAUAUUUGGAAUUGACGUAAAAGUGCAUAGCUUGAUUGGAGGAGCGCUGAGGUCUCUACAGGUUGAGGAGAACCAAGAGCACGACAUAUUAGAGGAUCUCAUAGGCUGCAAGGAUUAUCCGGAAUCGGAGUUUAAUGAUGGAGAUAGAGUGCAAUUUUCGGAUGAAGCUAGCGUUCACUCCAAAUCAGUCGCUACCCUUUGGUCGCAUGCAGCAAAAUAUGAAGACCUUACUAGGCUGGUCGCAUUUACUUUAAUGUCGCCAAGUUAUACAUAUGUCAAUGAAUAUUCCAUGAGUAAAUUUUUAACGUGUCAUGAAAAUUCGGAUAGCUGUGACCCAUCUUACCAGAAAAAAUCAAUCCUGCGUUACUACAAUUUCAAUAUGGAACAUCAGACUGAAAAUAUCUUAUUCGAACGAAAUUCUUCAUGGAAAAGGGAUCCCUUAGAGCAAUGAUUGACUACGGAUUUCUUAACCAAGUUCGAAAAGUUGCUGACUCACUUGGAGAAAAAGAUGCAGCCGACAAAAUUCUUCUCCUUGAACCAAUACCAGUCGACUCGAUAGCGCCUCGCAAUGGGUUACAAUCCGCACUUAAAAACGAUCUAAACGGACUCGGCCGACAGUUUAUACGACUACUAAAAGACAACCAAAGUCAUAUUUCGGAAUCACUUUGGACCAAAGGAAUAACAGACACUGUAAGAUUUUUUAUAGCGAGACUUGAUCUGGAGGUGGUAAAAGAAUUGGUGGAAGAGCUAGAAUUGGAUGCAGAUUUUUUUUCAAGUUCUAGCAACACGGGAUACAAUAACAGUUUAUUCAUCAUUAUUAGGAAUGUUAUUUUCGGACAUAGGGGGAUGAUUAUUUUCAAUAACUUCAAUUUUAUUGAUCAAGCUUUCGAUGUCAGAACCGUACAUCAUCAUCAGGAUCGAUUGAAAAUUAGAAAUUCAAAAUGUUUAUUCAUCGCAUAGGUCGGAUUUUCUUGAUAUUUUAGUAAACUUCGGAGCAGACUUUCAUUACAGAAACCCCCUCGAUUUAAGAAAUGCGUGGCAUUACGCAGUUGGGUUUGGGUUCGUUUAUGAAAACCGUAAGAAUUCAAGGAAACCCGAUAUUGUUAAAAUCCUAGAGGAAAACAACGUCCAACCAGAUGUGCUUGAUACAAAUGGCGAUACGUUUCUCCACUCUAUGUUAAAAGGCGACUAUUUUCGCUACAUGGUGGAAUCGAAUCUUACUGAACUAGUGAAAUCCAUAUCGCCACAUAACUUAAUUAAAAUUCUUGAAGCUAGGAAUGGAGAUGGGUUGACAGUUUUGGAGUUGGCGGUGGAAAUUCAGCGUCUGGAAACUCCUUGCAGAGUUAACCCACCAGAUGAAAUACCUCCAGAGAAUGAGACGGGAGUAGGACAUGUCAAGGAAAUAAUAACCCCUACCGAAAGUCUUUUCUUUAAUUAUAUACACGAACUUAGUGACGAUGAAACCAAUCCCCGUGUCAUAGUUUAUGAUAUAUUCUGGCCUUCAGAAACCGGGCCAUGCAACGAUAAACCUGAACAUACAGACGAUGGUAUAGCUUCAAAUUGUGAAUUUCUUGAUAACCCUCCUUCCAAUAUUCGAGUUGUGAUUAAAUUCAUGAAGAAAUUUAAAAGUGAAUGACGUUAUGCAUAUAUUAGCUACACCCUUAUGAUUAUUCUAUAUAUAAUCAUCGAUAUGUCACUAUAUCAUGUUCGUGUUAAUGAUCUGGUAAUAAAUUAAUAAUAUGUAAAUAUGUACGUGAAA